AUGAAGAAUAAUGAUCCAAAACAUGCUAACUUUGACUCUCAGCAGAAUAAUGAUCCAAAAUAUACCAGCUUUGACUCUCAGCAGAGUAAUGAUAAAAAAUAUACCAGCUUUCACUCUCAGCAGAAUAAUUAUCCAAAACAUGCUAACUUUGACUCUCAGCAGAAUAAUAAUCCAAAAUAUACUAGCUUAGACUCUCAGCAAGAUAAUGAUCCAAAAUAUGCUAACUUUGACUCUAAGCAGAAUAAUGAUCCGAAACAUGCUAACUUUGAUUAUAAGCAGAAUAAUGAUCCAAAAUAUACCAGCUUUGACUCUCAGCAGGAUAAUGAUCCAAAAUAUACUAGCUUUGACUCUCAGCAGUAUAAUGAUCCAAAACAUGUUAACUUUGACUCUCAGCAGAAUAAUGAUCCAAAAUAUACUAGCUUUGACUCUCAGCAGGAUAAUGAUCCAAAAUAUGCUAACUUUGACUCUCAGCAGAAUAAUGAUCCAAAACAUACUAGCUUUGACUCUCAGCAGGAUAAUGAUCCAAAAUAUAUUAGCUUUGACUCUCAGCAGGAUAGUGAUCCUAAAUAUACUAGCUUUGACUCUCAGCAGGAUAAUGAUCCAAAAUAUAUUAGCUUUGACUCUCAGCAGGAUAAUGAUUCAAAACAUGCUAACUUUGACUCUCAGCAGAAUAAUGAUCCAAAAUAUACUAAAUUUGACUCUCAGCAGGAUAAUGAUCCAAAACAUGCUAACUUUGACUCUCAGCAGAAUAAUGAUCCAAAAUAUACUAGCUUUGACUCAGCAGGAUAA